AUGGCUCCAGGGAGAAAAAAGAAGGGGAAAAAAGUACCUUCUGGCCCAGUCGCUGACAAGCCAUGUCACAACUGUCGACGUCGAAGGCUUCGAUGUGAUCGUCUGCUUCCACACUGCGCAAAGUGUGAAGCAAAGGGUGUUGAUUGCCUUGGAUACUCUCAAAUCUUCCAGUGGACGGGCGCUGUCGCAUCGAGAGGCAGAUUAGCUGGACAGCAGUCAAGCGCUGCCCUGUAUACCCCGGCACCGUCCACCGCAGGCCAUUCAAGAGCCUCUCUUUCUUCUCUUUCUUCCAUUUCCUCCAACUCUCCAGCCUCUUCCUCCUCCGCCUCCUCCGUCGCAUCUCCCUCCGUUCCAUCGUCAUCACCAGCAUUCAUAAUCCCGAGCCUCUCUCAAGUUGACGAGGUUACCGAGACUUCAGAAGCCGAGUCCGAGACUGGAUCUGAACUGGACAUAUUUGAUGACCGAUACAUUGACGAACAAGACAAUGGUGAUGAUAAUGAUGCGACCCCCCUCGCGAGUGGUGAUACACAACUCGUCUGUACUACCAACAAUGGCUAUCCCCUGACAUCGGAAGCCUCGACUCCGUGGGUGCUCGUCGAUCCCUUGUACCAAGACAUUACGAGCAACCACAGACAGUAUCUCGCUUAUUUUGAUGCGCGACUCAGUCAAGAUUUUGUAGCCUACGACAUGCCCGACAACCCAUUUCGAAAUCUGCUCAAAUUUACUCAAGCCCACCCUCUACUACGUCAGGUCAUUAUCGCUGCUUCUGCGACGCACAUGUACAACCGCUCGAGGCCGUGGUUAUCCUCGGACUCGCUGGAUAGAGGGUUAGGCCCGAGGAAUCUACUGAUGGACGCCCUCGAGGCUAAGCACCAAGUCUUGCGGAUGUUACCUUCGGCUCUGCAGAGCAUCGAGUCUACCGGAGGUGACAUUGUUUUGGCGGCGAUUCUGUUCCUGAUCAAUGUAGAGCUGAUAGAGUCUGGCAAACAUAAUUGGAAAGCCCACUUUGAUGGCGCUGAGAAAGUCAUGAAGUUGUUGGGACCAGUGUCAGACGUAGAUGAGAGUCUAAGAGACUAUAUAGUUUCCGACUAUUUUAUUUACUACAUACUGAAUUCGACUUUCAGGCCCACGGCUUCAGAUUCACACUCAUACUUCGAGUCAUGCGAAGCAAUACAGGUACUCGGAAAAGCGACAAACAGCUAUUACUGCUGUCCACCCGAACUCCUCGAAAUUAUGCUCAUCGCAGCACGACUUUCCAACACUAAACCUGACGAAGUCGUUUCGGCUGAUAUGGUUACCGCAGCUGGAGCAGCAUUACUAGACCGAGCUCGAAAUUUCGAUGUUUUCCCUUGGGCACAAGAUAUCAAUCUCAGCAACAUACCGUCAACUGAACAGGAUCCCGUAUUAAGCCGGUUUCGGGCAGCGACAUCUCACCGACUAGCCAUUUGCCUCUACAUUCUACAUGCGAUACCAUCAGUGAGGGCCUGGGUCGGCGAGGAUCUGGCUGAUACGAUUUUUACAGAGUUACAUCAGAUGUUGUGUAUGAUACCGGACGACGACAUCAACUUGAAAGCAACAACAUGGGUGACAUUUGUCUUUGGAGCAUGCGCCAGAACACCUGAGAUGAAAGAUUGGGUCACAGUUCAGAUAAAAAAGCUUAUGAUUGAGAGUCCUUGGGGCUUCUUGUACGCGGCAAGGGAUGCUUUGCAAAUGCUAUGGAGUGUUCAAGCUGAGGGCAUGCCUAUGACGAGUUGGGUACAGACUUUGAGAGAUUUGCAUAUGGAUUUUUUAAUCGUUUAG